UGUCAGAUUAAGCAUUUAAUGUCAGAAUUGUGAGCUGUUUAAAUCAUUCAUCAAAAUUGUUCGUUUUUCAUUAAAUUGUUUAGUAUGUACCCUAAAAGUGCAAAUCCAACGUCCCAAAGCCGGUAUCAACAUCCUCUCCUUCAAGUCCCAAAGAAACAUGACCAUUUCAAGUUUCAACUACCAAAUACCAACAGAAACAUGAGAUCAGCGUAUGAUGCACCCAAAUAUGCCGUCCCAAAAAGUAACUCUACUGGACUUUAUAAAACUUGUCCGCAUGUAGCUAAACGUGGGAGUAAUGCGAAUCGUUCCAAUGGGAGACCUGCAAGUCCCCAGAGAAAACCGGCACGUGAUAACACGCAAGUGAUUUUCGAGCGAUUUACACCCUUUGGUAACAAUACGAUGAAAAGUACCAAUAAUACCAUUUGGACUAACACCACCAACAAGACUGUAGUCCAAAAAAAUGUGAAGAAUGUGGUACAGAAAACACAGACGAAGAAAACGCAGAAUUUAGCAAGUUCAAAAAAAUGUGGCAGGCCGGAUAGUAGUAGUAGCCAAAAUUCGAGCACUACUGGCAGAUCUGUAAAUAUACAACCGCAGCAGAAGAUUGCAGUUUCGGAAGCCACUAAACCGUGCGAUCAUAACGUAAACAAAAAUACGAAUCAAUCUCAAACUAGUUCUAACAUAAAUCGGUCUCAACAGCAAAUGGGUAUCGUUCCAGAAAUUCCCGAAGUGCAUGAACCUGUUGCUAACAAAAAUCUUGCUCAACCACAAAUCCGUGCCAGUGUUCAUCCAUCUCCACAAGCAAAAGGUGGUGUUCAAGAACUUCAGAAAUCGUGUGAACACAAUGUUGUUAAAAAUGUUACCCAGACACAAAUGCUUAACAAUGUUAAUCAAGAAACUCAGCAAAAGAUGGGUGAUACAGUGGGUUGUAAAACGUGUGAACACAAUGUGAAUAAAAAUACGGACCAUAAUCGAUUGCACAAGAAUGUAGUUCCUGAAGGUGUCAAGAAAAAUGAACAAAACACAGGCAGGAACGUAACUCACCGGCAGGCUGGUGGUAAAAAAGUAUCACAACAAAAGGCCAACACUCCUGUAGGAAUUGAACAAGUAAAUAAGAAUAAACAGCUGAAGAAUGCAGCUGCUGAAGAUGCUGAAGCUGAAAAUAAGCCGAUUAUUGAAGUAUACAAGAAAUGCCAACUUCCUAGACAAUAUCCUUGCGAAUAUCCAAAGUGUUCAAAUUUAAAUUUUAAAAAGGUGACCCAAGAUCUUGCUAACAUCAUCAAAAAUUUCCAAAAACAAAUCAACGAAGUGUCUGUUCCAAGUGUCCAAAUGGAGCAAGUCCCUUCCGCAAUGAUUAAACCAAAAAUGAAAGAAUUUUUCAAAAAUUCUACAUCACCUCCCGACAAUAACAACGACAACAACAAUAACAACAACAAAACAAACAACAAUAAAAAUCCAAACAACAAGAACAAAAACGACACCAACAGAAACCAGAACUUAAACAACACAAGUCAGAACUGCUUCAGUCAACGAAGUUCGUCAACGUUAUCAAGCUUGAACAAACGAACGAGCUCGAAGAGUUUAACGGCACGUAGUGGCUUGUUGUCGAGACACUCUUUCACACCCUUCCGCUCCCUGACCCAACACAACAUGUUGCCUAGAAGCUCAUCGUCCAGAGGAUUCAGCCACCGCCCUUUGUACACAGACCCGCUAAAAGAACUGAAAACAGAAGUGCAAACCGCCAUCCGAGAAAGGAAAACUUUCACCAUACGCGGGCAGUUUCACCCCAUUCGUAAAGCCCUUCUUGCUAGAGGAUGGGUGGAGAAAUAUCACCCGUCGUACAAGGAUCGUCUAAACAACAGUAUUAGUCGUUACCACAGCCACACGAUCGCAGAACUGUUGACACUAAUGAGGAAAGAAGAUCUGACAGCGAUGUGCAAGAAUUUAAUCAAGUCGAAGCUUCUAGGUGGUUAUCAGGUGGAUUUCUACUGGGGGACCAACGAUGAAGCUUUUAGGGAAAAUCCUGACAAAAUAAAAUUGACUAUCAUAAACAAGCUCAAAAAAGAAAUUUUUAGUUACACUAACAAACAAGGGUUGUCUGAUGCGAGUAAAUGUUCCUACUGGUACCAGAAAUACAACGUUUCGAAACUGAACCACCCUAGAACCUACAGUCUGGGGAAAAAUGGUGACCUCAAGGGUUUCAUUGACGAUUUUCACUGCACUGCGGUGAUGUCGCUGCUGAAAUGGGUGGUGAAGAUGAAUGCCACUAAAGAGUGCAAACUUAUGAGUCCGUCUGGGAAAAUACCAAUGGAGACGUACGAUUUCGCGUUGAAUGAGUGUUGUAAGUUUAUUAAGAAGGCCCGGCAUGAAGACAUUGAUAUGAAAAUACCGGAGGCUACGGAGAACGAGUGGAAUCAGUUCUUGGACUACUUUUACAAGCUUAUACACUACAAUAACCACUUUAAGGCCGAAGGGAAAGAAACGGAAGAGUCGUUGGUGCGGAAGUCCAACUACAUUUUAAAUAAUUUGAAGAGUUUCUACCAUUUUGUGGAUAUGGAUGGGAUGAUGAAUAUAUGGAUUUUGAAGCCCACGGCUAGCAGUAGAGGCAGAGGGAUCCAUAUGUGUAGGACGUUACAAUACGUCCUCAAGAUUAUAAAACAAAAUCACAACAUACGGUACAUAAUACAAAAAUAUAUAGAGCGCCCUCUGCUGAUUUAUAACACAAAGUUUGACAUACGACAGUGGUUUGUAAUUAGCAACUGCUGUCCUCUCACAAUUUGGAUGUACAAAGAGUGUUACUUACGAUUCAGUUCGCAGACAUACAACUUGCGGAAGCUUCACGAAUCUAUACAUUUGACAAACAACUCGGUUCAGUGUAAAUACAAAAAUAACUUUUUAGAUGCGGCACUACCAAGUUACAAUAUGUGGGAUUCACAGCAAUUUGAAAGCUAUCUGUCAAACAUCGGUUAUCCUACAGCCUUCCGGGAUAUAAUUUAUCCAGGAAUGAAACAAUGCAUUACUGCUGCUGUCUUAAUGCAUCAAGAUAAAAUGGUCGUUAGGAAAAACUGUUUCGAGUUGUAUGGCGCCGACUUUAUACUAACCGAAGACUUCCAACCCUGGUUGUUGGAAAUUAAUUCUAGUCCGGCUCUGUACUCCUCCACACCCGUGACGGCACGCAUGUGCCCGAAGGUUCUCGAAGAUGUUAUAAAAGUUGUUAUCGACUACACCCGUAACAAUAAAGCGAACACUGGUUCCUUUGAAAUGGUUUACAGACAACAACAGACCAAACUGCCUGCACCUGGAGCUCUGGAAAUCAAAGGAACCCCCCUCAAAAGCAACUACUUUUUCAACGGCCCCGACCAAGAACUCCCGGACAAAUCACCGAUGCCAUCGCUCAGCGACCCUUUAGCGGUGGUGGAGCACGGCCAAGACUGUCUCAAGAUGUUCGGCGACGAGAUCAAAAAAACCUUGAAAAACCUGCUACAAAUAAUCCAGAACGAAAAGCAGAAACGUGGUCUCGACAAGAACCAGAUAAAAAAUUAAUCGAGUAUUGUCCAAUGUAAGCUUCAAACCGUAAAUAAAAAACCCAAUAAAUACAGAA